AAGAGGCCGAAAACAAGUGCCCGGUGUAGCAAGAAGUCGGCACUACAUCCUUCAAACAUGCUGUCCAGGCUCGUUUUACUGUCGGCCAAUGGCCUGAAAAGCAGCACCCCUCUUGGAGCUGGUCUGGUCCAGGCAUCUCGCUCCCUACACACAUCGUCCCAGAGUCAGGCCCCAGUGCCCCCUCUGCCAGAGACAGGAGGCAAAGUCCGUUAUGGCAUCAUCCCAGAGGAGCUUUUCCAGUUUCUGUACCCCAAAACUGGAGUUACAGGUCCCUACAUGCUGGGCACUGGACUCCUUGUUUAUAUGCUUUCCAAGGAAAUCUAUGUCAUCAACCAUGAGACUAUCGCUGCCGCCUCCAUCCUUGGCGUCAUCAUCUAUGGUGUCAAGAAAUUUGGUCCAAGUGUUGCAGCUUAUGCUGACAAAGUGAACGAUGAGAAAGUGGCCAAGGUUCAGAAGGUGAAGGAUGAAUCCAUGGCCAACCUGACUGAUGCUAUUGAGGAUGAGAAGAAGGAACAGUGGAGAGUAGAGGGAAGAUCAAUGCUCUUCGAUGCUAAGAGGAACAAUGUGGCCAUGCUGUUGGAGACCAACUACAGAGAGAGGCUACACAUGGUGACCAAUGAGGUGAAGAGACGCCUGGACUACCAGAUCGCCCUGCAGCAUCUCCAGACCCGCAUGGAGCAGGAGCACAUGGUCAACUGGGUGGAGAAGAGUGUCGUCGGCAGCAUCACUCCUCAGCAGGAGAAAGAGAGCAUCGCCAAGUGCAUCACAGACCUGAAGGCUCUGGCGAAGGCAACUCAGGUCAAAGCCACAGCCUAAACAAGUCUUCAGAGAAGACAUCUCUAGUCCCCAACUCAUGGCUCUAAGACGAGACGUUCACUUUCCUUUACAGAAUUUCCUCCUCAAAGAUUGUCUCUGUCAACAUGUAAUGGGUGUGUACAGUAUUUACACGUCAGCAGAUGGUAAAAUAAAUGGUUCUCUUAUUCAACUUCAA